AUGGGCACCGACAACGAACAGCAGCAACAGCAGGAGUAUGUUCCUCUCCAAGAGGACUACAGCUUUCUCCAACGCCAAGCCAUGCGAAUGGCCCGUUGGCCCAAGACGUACUUUUGGAUUGGAUUCAUCAUUAGCUUUGGCCUUUCGGCAGUGGGUAUGGUGCUAGGAGAGUUCUCCAUCAGCAACGAAGAAGGAGGCUGGCAGAGCCGUGGCACUCUCAUUGCCGAUCGUACCACCCAAGUCCUCAUGGUAACGCGACACACCAAGUACCUCUUUCCCUCGGAAACCAAUGAAGUCUGGUGGCAAGAUCUCACCAAUAACGUCCAACCUGGCUGGGAAGAUGAUGAUCUGUUGGAAAAUCGACGUUUGAUGGAAAUCGACGAUCAAGAAGAAGAAGAACUGCCUCCGGUCAGACUGUCUCGGGUCGAACAAGUCAUCCCCACUACCAUGCAGGCUGCCUUUGGCGAGACGCCCUCCAGCAUUCCUUCAACUAUCCGUCAAAAGCUUCCAAUGCCUCGCGACAACAAAGUCCUCCACGACUUUUUAGCGCGCAAACUGGCAGAAGACAACUCCACCACCCUACAAGGAUGCGACCGCCGCUGGUACACUCACGAGAAUGUCACCAGUGAAGCCCGUCUUUGGCCCGUUUGGAAACCCUAUGAUGCUUCUGCCACGGCCUUGAAUCCAGCCAUUGUCAAAGAACUAUGUACCAAUGAACAGCAGACACAACGCGUCUUGGAAGAAAACAGCCUGUGCAUCACCUGUGGCGAUACCGAUCGUUGCUUGCCACCCUAUGGGAUUGUCAUGUACGCUCGUCUACUGGUCCCGGGUGGUAUGGACAUGGAGUGCAAUGCCCUCGCGGCUGCGUGGGGUCCGUUCCAAGCCGAAACUGAAGCCGAAUGGAAAACGUGCGUCGAAUUUAUCGAGGCCAACCCCGAUAGUGCCGUCAGUGGAGAUUAUCGUGCCGUCUGUCCCGAUUACUUCCACCCCGCUCUCCUGGAUGAAUUGUUUGAUACGUCCGGUCUAGUCCAAUACACCAGUAGUGUCUUUGCCACCUCCGAAGAAAUGAUUGAUGAGCUGUACAACAUCAAUGAUCAAUUCGGAAAGGGAGGAGAUCAAAUCGAAGGAGCCUACGAUACCCAAUGGAACGAUUUUGUACAAAUCUUCGCCGAUGGCGCCGUGGAAAGCGACAUGUUGUUGGCCACUGGAUCCGCCUUUAUCACGGCCGUGGCCAUUUUGGUGCACACGCGGUCGCCCUUCCUGACCCUGGUGGGGCUGGUGCAGAUCAUCCUCAGUUUCCCACUGGCGUUCUUUGCCUAUCGCUUCAUUGGUGGUUUCGCAUUCUUUCCGUUCCUCAACUUUAUUGGUGUCUUUGUGGUAUUUGCUCUGGGAGCUGAUCACGUCUUUGUUAGUGUGGACAAGUGGAAGAAUGCUCGCUUGGAUCACCCAAAUGCAUCCACCGAGGAUGUGGCUGCCAUUGCGCUUCCCGAUGCGGCCGCCGCCAUGCUGUUGACAACCACCACCACGGCUGUUGCCUUCUUUGGAACCGCCAUUUGUCCUGUAGCUCCCGUGAGACUCUUUGCCAUCUUUUGCGGUUUGCUCAUCACGUUCGACUACAUUAUGGAUAUUGUAUUGAUCUUCCCUUGCCUUUGCAUCUACGAUGGCUACCGACACAACUCUAAUUGCUGCAUCAGUCUGGCGUGCUGUAGAGGAAAGUCCGACGACGAAGAUGAAGCCGCUGAUGGUGUGCCCGCAAGCAUUACUGUCUCCACAAAGUCGAAGAAUGAAGAAACCCAAGGAACAAACCUCAGUGCAAGCGAAACCAACGGAGAACAAGAACCCGAACAGAAACCCAUGAGAAUUAGCUUUAUCCGUCGCGUCUUGCUUGGCUAUUACAACUUUCUACACAUGAUCCGCUGGCCCUUGUUGGUUGCGUGUGCUGCUGCUUUGGUGGUCAGCGGCAUUAACGCUCUCAGGUUGGAUUUGCCAGUCUCAGGAGAGGUCAGAAUUGUUUCCACUUCCAUUGAGUACGAGAAGAGCUACGUCUGGCGCCAGAAUCUUUUGUACGAGGUUCUUCGCAAGCAGGGAGGUUCCACUGCGUAUGUUCUGUUUGGUGCAGUCCCCGCCGAUACGGGAGACCAUAGCAACCCUGCCUCUUGGUCUACACUUGUGUUGGACGAAACUUUUGACGCAUCCACCACCGAAUCCCAAGAGUACCUGCGCGAUUACUGCCCACGGUUCUUUGGUGAAGAGUUCGCACUGUUGCCUGAAGAUGGCUUCGAAUGCUCCAUGAACAAGUUCGAUAGCUGGCUCAAGACCCAGGCAAUGGCAGGAGGGACCGCAACUGACAUUUACCUAGAUCACUGCGAUGGGGCGGGCGGCCUUCCCAUGGACCCCGCCGCUUUCAAUCCCUGCAUCGUUGCAUGGUCCCAGGCAGUUGGCGAAUGGGCGGUGCUGGCAAGGAACGGAAUUGUGCAGACAAUUACCUUCCCCUUUGUCAGCCUAGUUCGAUACGACAGCCCCAACCAGGAGCUUGACGCCGAGUGGCAUAAGAUUGAAAAUUGGAUGGUAAACGACCAAAAGAGUGCUCCUCCAGGUGCCAACAAGGCCUUCUUUUCUUCCCAGGAUUUCUGGUGGUAUGAUACCAACCUUCAAAUGUUCAGCACCGCAUACGGCUCAGCAGGUAUCGCCAUUGCGGCAUCUGCUCUCGUGAUCCUCUUGUCAUCACGAUCCCUGGUCAUGACCUUGUUUUCUGUCCUCAGCAUUGGCUAUGUGUUGGCAAGCGUGACAGCGAUGAUGGUUGCGGCUGGCUGGACACUCGGCUUCCUUGAAAGCAUUUGCUUCGCAAUUCUUAUUGGUGUCUCAGUAGAUUUCGUUAUUCACUUCUGCCAUGCGUAUGUGUCAAUGCCGGGUGAAGUAGCCAAAGAAAUCCGAACCAGACAUGCCAUUAUUGACAUGGGCCCAUCCAUUCUUGCUGCUGCCAUCACCACCAUGGCAGGAGCAAUGAUCAUGCUCUUCUGCGUGAUUACAUUCUUCACAAAGUUCGCCUUCGUCUUGUUCUUCGCUAUUGUUCAAGCAACCAUUGGAAGCUUUGUCUUCUUCUUGACGUUGACAGAUACAAUUGGUCCCUCACAACCAACGUACAUGGCUGACCGACUGUUCCAAUCCUGUGGAGGUAACAAGCAGCCUGAAGGUAGCACAGCAGCGAGCACUGCUGCAGUUGAAACUUUGCCGGCAUCUGUGGCCGUGGAAGCCACAAAGAGCCCCGCUUUCGACCCAGCAGACAUUCUCAACGAAGAGAUCAUUGAUGAGAUUGAUGUUUAG